AGCCGUAUAAACAAACCUCCACCAUGGCCCUCUCUGCACUGUCGUCGGCUCGCUCCCUUUCACGUUUGUUGGUUAAAAAUGGCAGGUAUAUCCAUACCACCGCGCCUGCAGCUAGUUUUAAAAGCAGUGUAAGUCUUGAGAAGAUAUAUCCCGAGAGUGGACUCGACAUGACGAGGAAUAUACAGCCUCCAAAGAACGAAGGCAUCAAUUUCUCAGGCUACAUUCCUGUCGAACAGCUUCAAGUGUCAUACUCCCGCAGCAGUGGGCCUGGGGGGCAAAAUGUCAACAAAGUCAACACCAAAGUUGACCUGCGUUUCCAUGUGGAAACCGCAGAAUGGCUCACACAAGAAUUAAAAGAAAAAAUUGCCGAAAAAUACAAGAGCAGCAUAACAAGUGAUGGUUGCUUAUUAAUCCGCUCUGACAAAACACGGUCGCAGCAGUUAAACCUCGCCGAUGCAUUGGACAAGUUGCGGCAUAUGAUCCAUACAGCUGCCUAUGUACCUCCACUUCCCUCCUCAGAGGCUGUGGAACGACAGCGAAGAAGACAUGAAGCUGCAGUACGUGAACGUUUGAGGAAGAAGAGAGACCGAUCACUGGUGAAGCAAAGCAGACGAGGGCCAGAAUCUGAAUUUUAAAGUGCAUGGAGUAUGGUUGUAAUGCAAUACAAAAAAGUGACUCUUCAUUAUUAAUUGUACUCUAAAUUUCACAACAUGCAGUAUGCAGGCAAACAAUGAAUUUUCAUAUAGUAGUCCUGCAGAUAUUUGUAUAUAGUAUGAUAUUAUAUUGAUUGUAAAAUAAAAUGUGUAAAGUUGUGUUA